UCUCUCUUGUACUGAAUAUGAAGACUAAAAAAAAAAUUAGUAUGUAAUCUAAAAAAUGGAUUGGAUUAGGAAGAUGGAUUAUUCUCAUGAUCUUCUUUUCUUUGCCCUCUCAGGUUUCCACCCCUGUGGUUGAUAAGUCUAUUUGCAUUGCUGAAAUGCUGCUGUGCAGUUGUUGACCUGAAGGAAUGUGAGGCAGCUGGCAGCAAGUGCCACCCUCAGGCCGAGUGUCUGAAGGUCAGAAACGACUUCACCUGUGUGUGCACCAUGGGCUACGAGGGCAAUGGUUUGCUGUGCAGUGACAUUGACGAAUGUCUCAGUGGCCUGCACGGAUGUCACCCGAAAGCCCACUGCAACAACACCCUGGGCAGUUACAGCUGUGUCUGCCUCAAUGGAUAUGUUGGAGAUGGCAUUGACUGCCAGGACAUUGACGAGUGCCAAAAAAAAAAUGGGGGUUGCCAUCCUAGUGCACUCUGUACAAACUAUGAGGGUGGGCGACAGUGCCAAUGUAAAGUUGGCUUCAAGGGUAAUGGCUUCGAGUGUACUGAUGUUAAUGAAUGUGCUAACCAAAGAAUCUGCCAUUGGAAUGCCACCUGCACCAACAACCCUGGGUCUUAUGUAUGUACCUGUAAUGCUGGCUAUAAGGGCAAUGGAAACUACCUGUGUCUUGACAUAGAUGAAUGUUCAGAGACUCCUCGUGUGUGUUCUUCAUCACUUGGCUACAAAGGCUGUAAAAAUCUGCCUGGCAGUUACCGCUGCACAUGCAGCAAUGGCUUUGAAAGUAAUGGCCAGAGCUGUGUGGACAUCGACGAAUGCGCAAGCAACAUCUGCAGUCUAUAUGCAGACUGUGUGAACACAAUGGGGUCAUAUCAGUGUACCUGCAAAAGUGGUUUUGUAGGAAAUGGAUUGACAUGUGCAGAUAUAAAUGAAUGCAAUGAAGACAAUCAGUGUGACCCCAAUGCUGUUUGUAUCAACAGACUGGGGAGUUACGAGUGCUCCUGUCUAGGAGGUUUUGUAGGAGAUGGCCGAUCAUGUGAAGACAUCGAUGAGUGUGCAACACCCAACAUUUGCCCUUCUACCACUACCUGUGUCAACACUGCCGGGUCAUAUUACUGUGACUGUGGCAGCGGCUUCAUCUUUAAUAACUCUAAGUGCCAUGACCUCGAUGAGUGUGUGGCAGGGCACUGCAGCCGUCAUGCAGCCUGCACAAAUUCACCUGGCUCCUUCUCCUGCAAGUGCGCAGCAGGGUAUACAGGAGAUGGUUUCACCUGUGUGGAUGUGAAUGAGUGCUCGCUGGCUAAACAGUGCCACUCCGAUGCUCUUUGCAUUAACUUUCCGGGCUCCUACAACUGCACUUGCCAGGUGGGUUAUUCUGGAGAUGGGGUGAUCCAGUGCAAAGAUGUGAAUGAGUGUCUGGUGGAUAAUGGAGGUUGCCGAAAUAAAGCUACAUGUGUCAAUAAACAGGGUUCCUUCUCCUGCCAGUGUGAGUCAGGCUUCAUUUUGAUUAACCGAACUUUUUGCCAGGACAUAAAUGAGUGUAUGGAACUGAACAAUCCAUGUGGAGUAAAUGAAGAGUGCAAGAACAUCGAUGGAUCAUUUGAGUGCCCAUGCCGAGUUGGUUACUACCGCCCUGCCAGCAACAUGGACUGUGUUGAUAUGGACGAGUGUAAAGACAACCCUUGCCAUGUCAAUGCCACAUGCCUCAACACCCUUGGGUCCCACACUUGCACCUGUAAGCGAGGUUUUUCAGCAAAUGGCACCCGGUGUGAAGAUAUAGAUGAGUGCUCUGCAGAGGAUACAUGCCACCCACAAGCACUAUGCAACAACUUCAUAGGGGACUACUCUUGCUCAUGUCAGCAGGGUUUCACAGGUGACGGCUUUUCCUGUGAAGAUGUGGAUGAGUGCACCUUCUCUAACACCAAAUGCCCAGCCUUCUCAAGGUGUAUCAACUCCCCUGGUGCUUACGUCUGCUCAUGUUUGAAUGGUACGGUGGCCUUCAAUGACUCCUGUGUGCCACCCAAACCGUUGUGUGACCCUGCCUGUCAUAGUCACGGCCUGUGCCACCGUUCGCCUGCUGGAUACCAGUGUGUGUGUGACCUGGGUUACGUGGGUGAUGGCCUGACUUGCUCUGACAUAGAUGAAUGCCAGAGGGAAAACAUUUGUCCCCAAAAUGAAACUGAGUGUACGAAUAUCCCAGGAUCGUUUGCCUGUGUCUGCAAGAAAGGCUACGCUCUGAAUGGAACACAAUGUCUUGAUGUGAAUGAGUGUGAGACAGGGCAGCAGGAGUGCAGUGAAUUUGCUCAGUGUGUCAACACAGUAGGCAGCCAUUCCUGCUCCUGUCUUAGUGGCUUCACAGGUGACGGGAAGAACUGCUCUGAAUUUGAUGAGUGCCAAGUCCAAAAUGGAGGAUGCCAUCCUGUUGCCACCUGCACUAACACGCCUGGAUCUUUCUACUGUGCCUGCCCACCUGGUAUGGAGGGCAAUGGCUUUGACUGCCAGGAUGUUAACGAAUGCGAGCAGAACUCCACUCUGCCACACAACUGCAGUGUCCAGGCUUUGUGCCACAACACAAACGGGUCCUACAUCUGCCAGUGCCAGGAUGGAUACCAGGGCGAUGGCUUUGUUUGUGAGGAUGUGGAUGAGUGUCAGCUAGCCACAACCUGUAGCAGGAAUAUGACUUGCAGCAACACCCCUGGUUCCUACACAUGUUCAUGUAUCUUGGAUAUGGUGUACGACCAGGGAACAUGCAUGAGUGAAGACACCUGCUUGAAUGCUAGUAGUGUCUGCCACUCAUUUGCCAAGUGCCACACACACCAGGGUUCCUUCUACUGUCAGUGCAUAACUGGUUAUGAAGGAAGUGGCACCGAAUGUUGGGACGUGGAUGAAUGCAAGCAAUCACAAAACCAAACCUGCCCUGCCUUCUCCUACUGCUUCAACACUAAUGGCUCCUACAUCUGUGAGUGCUGGGAAGGGUUCCAAGGCAAUGGGACACAUUGUCAGGACAUGGACGAAUGUGUGAUGGGGAAUUUCAUCUGCCCUGACAACAGUACCUGUACUAACAUAGAGGGGGACUAUGAAUGCACCUGUGACCUAGGCUUCUCAAGCAAUGACUCCCUGUGUUGGGACAUAGAUGAGUGCUCUCUUGACAUCAUCCAGUGUCCUAAUUUCUCCAAUUGCCUAAACACAGUUGGAUCUUUUAACUGUGAGUGUUGGGACGGGUAUCAAGGCAACAACACUGACUGUCAGGAUAUCAAUGAAUGCCUUGUCAACUCUACUUGCCCUGAGCAUAGCACAUGCAUCAACACCAAUGGAAGCUACCUCUGUAUUUGUGACAGUGGAUUUUCCAGCAUGGAUGACUUGUGUGUAGACAUUGAUGAAUGUAGUGACACAGAGCUGGGGGAACUCUGUGCAAAUGGCACGUGUGUGAAUGCUAUCGGCUCAUAUUACUGUGAAUGCUUCAAAGGAUUUUGGAAUAAUGGGACAGAGUGCAUGGAUGUUGAUGAAUGCUCCUUCAACUCUUCAGUGUGUAAGCCCCAUUCCACAUGCGUCAAUGUCCCUGGUUCAUAUCAUUGCCCGUGUAAUGAGGGGUUUAUUCUGAAUGGUGCAGAUUGUCAGGAUGUGGAUGAGUGUCAUGACCCAGAUAUCACCCCUUGCCCUGAUAACUCAUUAUGUAACAAUACAGCAGGGUCCUUCUUCUGUCUGUGUUCUCCUGGGUACAAGUCUGUUAGCUUGGGCUGUGAGGAUGUAGAUGAAUGCAAGGACAACACCACUUGCCGCUUUGACCAGUUGUGUACUAACCUGCCUGGAGCUUAUAACUGCUCUUGUCCUCCCGGAUAUCAUGAGGAGAAACAAGCAUGUGUCGACACCAAUGAAUGUGGGAAUUCAGUGUGUCACCCCUUGGCACGGUGCUGGAACACUCCUGGCUCCUUUUCAUGCCACUGCCCUCUGGGCUUUGCAGGAAAUGGCUCAUGGUGCAAAGAUGUGGAUGAGUGUGUUGCCGUAACCAAGCCAUGCCACCAUCAAGCUCAAUGCUAUAACACCCCAGGGUCAUUUGUAUGUGUGUGUGAUCCUGGUUUCGUCAGUAUUGGGUCACUCUGUGUAGACUUGGAUGAGUGCCAACAGGCUAACGGGCAUUGCCACUCUACUGCCACCUGUUCCAACUAUGUAGGAGGCUUCGGGUGCUCUUGCAGUCGAGGCUGGAAUGCUACCAAAGACAACGGUCAUGGAAAAGGAGGAUGUGUGGACUUGAAUGAGUGCGUGUCUUCCUUGGCAUGUCCUAAGCAAACAUCUUGCACAAACCUGCCAGGGUCUUACAGCUGUUCCUGUCCCCAAAACAGCACAAUCUGCAGAAUGGAGAGUAGCCUGUACCCUUUUGGAGCGGAGGUUGGUGAUAAAGGAGUAAAGAUGGACACAGAGGAUGGAAAUUCCCCAUACAUCACACCACCAAUGGGUUUCCCCUUUAUGGGAAAAUUGCAUGACAGGGUUUAUUUUUCUGACAAUGGCCUUGUUCAGUUUCAAUCUGUUGCUGAGAACCAGCAGUACCUGCUCCCAGCUCCCUUAGCCAAUGGUUUCCCUGACAACAUGAAUCUGUCCCUAUUAGCGGUGUUUUGGGAUGAUGCUGACCUCACCCAUGGGAAUGGACGGCUGUUCUAUCAGGCUAGAUGUCUCCACCUGCCAUAUGUUAUCAUUAAUAGCUUUAUGCUGAAACUUGUGCUUCAUAUUACUGCUCCGUUUCUUGUUUUAAUCUUUCAGGAAUACCAUGAGCCGGAUAUAUCGGAUAUCUACUCCCAGGUAGUGUUUAAUCGCACAGCAGAGGAAGUGACAAAGUUUGAGGAGCGGAAAAACAAGCCUGUCUUCACCCCUUCCUGGAUCCUCAAAAUCACCUGGGACCAUGUAAUGCCUGUCUUCUACCAGAAGAUCAACAUCUCAGAGACUAACACUUUCCAAUGUAUCCUGACCACGGAUGGAGUGCGUUCAUUUGCUCUCCUGCGAUACGGGGACAUGCGCUGGGGUCCUGGCCAGAGACUAUACCAUAACGCUCUCAUCGGCUUCACAGAUGGAAUCUCAUACCACAAGGAGCCCACUGUCCCCCCAGAAAACCUUUUUGGGCCUGGGGGCAGGUACAGGCCUCAGGAGAUAACAGGGACCAUGGGGAAGUCAGGUCAGCUGGUGUAUGAUUUGACAGGACCAGCAGGGUCAGAUCCCCGUAUCAGGUGCCAGGUGUGGGCGAUGAAGGAGCCUGACCCUGCUGAGUGGACAAAGGGGCUGUUUUCAUGUCCCUGCACCCGCACCCAGGCUCUGCAGGACCAGUCGUUUUUGCAGGAUACCACUGACUCAAGUUCAAUUGUGACAAAGCUGAGGGGACAGCGAUGGGGGGGUACCGGGGGCCACAUGUUCCAGUCCAUCCUCUCUAACAGACAUGGUUCAGGAAAGAGAUGUGUGUAUGAACUGGAUGGUCCCUUGCUGGCUGGGUACAAUGAACGCUACUUCUUCGGACACAGCAUACAGAAACAUAUCGAUGAAGAUCUCCUCCCAUUCCAGUGGUGUUGUAUUGAGUCUCCUCUGUGCCAUCUUUACCUCAACAAGAGACCACUGGACCGUUGCCAAGGUUACAGCUGGGCCAGUCCCAAUGGUUGUAACCCAGCCAAGAAGGCCACACAGGGUGUAGCGAUGGUGUAUGGUGGUCUCCAUUUCAUCACCUUCGAUGGGACUGAGUACUCUUUCAAGGCCCUGGGAGAGUUUGUUAUAUUGCGUCUUUCCUCCACCACAGGCUCUAAUAUCUUCACUCUGCAAGGACAGACUGACAAGCUACACAUAGAUGCAAAGGGGAUCAUUGAAGUCCCAGUAGUGGUGCGCAUGGCUGCCUUCCACCAGGGCAUCGGCAAGAUUGAAUGGAGAUGUGCAGAGAAAGGAGACCAAUUGCAGGUCUUUGUGGAUGAUGCUGAGGUCCCAGUCAAAGUUGGUAUCAUCCACAUGGGUGAGAAGGACUUUGCUGUGCGCUGUAUCUCACUGAAACACUGCACAGCGGUGUACGCAGGUGGUCUCCAUGUGGUGGUGUGGCGGGUUGAAGGCCACAGUCAGCUGGCGGCCAUGGUGGAGGUUCCUCAGACCUUCUACAACCGCACUGUGGGUCUCAUGGGUCUCUGGAGUUCCAACCGCUCUGAUGAUUUCCUCAUGUCCGAUGGCAGACUCCUCCCCUCAGAGGACCACAACCCACCCUCAGAAGAGAAACUGCAUAACUUUGGCUUGUCCUGUGAGUAG